AUGUCGGCUCUUCUUCGCUGCUCCGUUCUUCCUGGUGCAGUGGUGACGCUGCAGUUCUGGGCUUUGUGGGGAGGGGCCUUGGCCGAGCGAGCCCUCAUCGAUCGCGAAGAGGUUCGUGAAGAGAUCGCAGCUCAUGUGCAGGAGGACCGUCGCGAAGGUGGCAUCGAGAUCCGCGUGUAUGACGGAUACAGGUACAGCGAGCUCCAAUUCGACAUCAAGUUCCCCCAAAAGCGCUGGGCAAGCCUGAUCUGUGCUGAGAAUGAAAGGCGCAACGGCUACACCAUGGCAGAGUGGUUUAACUGGUGCAAGAAUCCGAGGAACCGUUGCAAAGGUGCCGAAUCCUGGAUGUCUUCGAAGAACAAGAAGAAGAGCCAAGAGGAUCCCAGCGUCUUGGAGGACAGGAGAAUCAGGGAGUGCCGACCCGCCGACUUCCGAUUGGCGCAUGAUGGCCACUGGUACCUUUUGGAGGAGUUCAGAGCCCACUUCGACCAGCCUAUGAUGCCCAGCAUGGGCGAGGCGGUCUUCGCACAGGCACCGACCGACCUGCUGACCUGGUACCGCCAGCGUGACCAGGCUGAGCGCAACGGCCGCUGA